AUCGCCUUCAAGAUUUAGCACCUCGAACACGGCUCAACAGCACCAGCGUCUCCUUCUUCGGCAUCCACUCGAUUCCACUUGCUCAGAGCAGAUCGCAAUGGCGGACGCAGCCAGACUACGUGCCCUGUACCGGGCGCUCCUGCGGGAGCUUCCUCCACGGCCCCUCGCCAACUCACAGAGCCGCUCGCCCCUCCACCACCGCCUGCGCCAGGGCUUUUCGAGCGAGUCUUCGUCGGCCAACAAGUCAAUCGCCCAGACCGACCAGAUGAUUCAGUACCUCCGAGCCCAGAGGCAAUACGUCACGCUGCUCGACCGCUACAACCCAGGCAUGAACAUGGAUCAGGACGAGCGCAUAAGGCUUACCGCUCGCCGGGUCGGCAUGGAUCUGCCAAAGGAGUUUGAGAACGAGCAGGCGUAGCCGAAAACACAAAAGCACGGAAAUAUAGAGGCGAAAUCCAUCAAAGACACAAAGGCGACGAGGAGAGAUCUACGUGGCACGUCUGCCUGCCAUAUUUGAACCGCCAGCAGCGCGUCCGUCUCAGCACCGUCGAUGCAUAUACCGGGAGCAAUUUCUACUACAAAAAAGGCACGAUUCCUCGAUCAAUCUAGGCACCUCUGGAGUAUCGAGGGUCUUUGUUUUCCCCGCAUCGCGUUCAGGCGGGUGAAACGAAAGGGAAUCCUUGGUGCUACGGCGUCAGCAGCAUUGUGCCUGCCAUUGUACAAUACGUGUCGUGAGGCACAUGUAAAACAUCUAUAUAUCCGUUAUACAACGAUACCCAUUUUGAUGCCGA